CAGAAAAAGUUUCUUGAAACAAAUUACCUUUGUCAAAUGUGAAACAUUUGUGUGUUUUUAUAAUAUAUAACACAAUAAAUCGUUUGCUGGAACAUUCCAGCCAUUUCGUCUAUUAUAAUUCACAUGAACCGUCAAUGCAUCAUAUUGUGAGAGAAGAUGGUGUUUCUAGGACCCUGAGGACGCGGCGUCACUGCAAGGCAUCAGUGCACAGACAGAAGGGCUGUUUACCAACUCACUCAGAGCUCGAGUCAAAACAAGAGAGAGCAGUGUGGCUCGGUUUACCACAGGCUCUUCCUUUUAAAACAGAUCUUUUUCGUUUCGAUCCGUCAUGAAUAAUACUUGUUCUUGUUAAUAACAUCGACGAAUGAAAAUGUGUCAGCUGCUGUACUUUGUGUUUCUGCUGAGCUCUGGUUUGGUGGAUGGUUUGUCUGUUGUUGAAGAGUGUAUAACUUCUAAUGGAGAAGACUAUAAAGGAAUGCAGCAGAAGACAUCCACAGGGAAUAUCUGUCUCAACUGGAACAGUUUAAACUCUCAGUCAGAUGUUGGAGAUCACAAUUUUUGUCGUAACCCAGAUGGUUCAGAGAAGCCCUGGUGCUAUGUCUCCGGGUCCGAUGGAGUGACCAGAAAAGAAGCGUGUGAUAUUAUGACAUGCCAAGACCAAAACUCCACAGAAGCCACGGCUCCAGAAGAGUAUGUCCCCACUCAGGGACUCACCCCAAGAAUGGUAGUGACCUUCGAAAACGCAGACUCCUUUCCCUCGCAGGUGGAGGGUGUGGUGGUGCAGCCCGUGAAGGGAGUCCAUCAGCAGGUCAGGAGUGGACCCAAGAAGAAGAAAGACCUUGGGACUCUUGGUUAUGUUCUCGCUGUCUUCAUGAUGGCCAUUAUCAUCCUGCUUGGAGGUGGCAUCACAAUAGGAUACUUCUACAAACGGGGUCGUGACCUCAAGAAACAGCACGAGCAGCGGGUUUAUGAGCGGGAGAUGCAUCGCAUCACUCUUCCCCUCUCUGCCUUUGCUAAUCCCACCUGUGAGCUGGUGGACGAGAACACCAUCAUCAUCUCGGCUGAACCAAUCAACCAGACCCCCACUCAGGAGCCGGUCGAGGGAGCCGACCCCCUUAUGGGGACGGCGGGGACCCCUGGAGCUUGAUGGAGGAACGGGAAGAGUGCCUUGAAAGGCAUCUCAUUGAGACUUGUCUGUGCAGCACUGCGAAUCUCAGAGGACCAAACUCCACAUCCACCUCCUUCUGUCUGUUGUCUCUUUUCACUUUACAGCACAGUUUCAUGGUAAAGGUAUGGCAUAUGCCCUGAGAGAGCGGUGGAAACUUUUGGCUUUUUUGUCCCAGACAGUGUCCUUAUUUCCUUAGCAAAGUUGUCGAGGAAAGUAGGACUUAGGCAGAGACACUGGAAAAGGUGAUAUGGUGGUUUUGUAUAAACAUGCAUGUCAGGGAUUGACCUGGAGAAAAAUUGCAAGUACUUUUUAUGCAUAUCAUCACAGGGCAUGCGUUUUCCCUGUUUGUUGAACUCCAAUAAGAGGGUGACAGUCCCGUUAACAGAUCCACGUCCUCUAAUGAAGUAUCGAUGGAUCAGAUCAUCUGAUGUUCUGGCGUUUUGAAAGAAAGACAAUCCAUUCUUAUCUUCUUCCCUGACUUUUUUGUUGUUUAUGUUCCUAAUGCAGUUGUGGUGGAGAGUUGAAACUGAAAUUGUACCUGUGUAACUGAAUCUGUUGCUCUACAGCUGGGCUGUUCAUUCUGCAGGGAGCUUUGGUUAGCAACUACAGCUAAUUGAGUUAAAUGCCUUUGAUAGCUCUUUUCCAGAAAUUGAUAUUCGUUAGGCAGAUCAUGUGGCCUGGGAUGCUAGAGCUAAGCUAGGUGAAGCUUUUGACUGAAUAAAGUGGAACACUUUCCGGAGAUCUUGCCUUAGUAAAUUACAUUUGAAUGUAUUGUUGCUCCUGUGGCCCCAAUCUGAUAAAGAGCAAGUGAGCGCGGUCAUCACUUCAGUAAACCAGUCAGAGCGAGUCAGAUUAGCGUACUCUGGUUACAUUAUCUGUAUCAGUGUUUAUUUGUUCCUGACCGUACAGAUGUUCAGAAAUAAGAUGAUGGACUUUAAAGCAUGCACCUGAAACAGAGAGGGUACAAGAUGGCGUAGUAAAAUAAAGCACUGUGGUCUCAUUUUACAGAGGUUUUUUUUGUUUUUUGUAUGCAUUUGUUUUCCCAUGGUUGAUUGUACAGCUGCUUGAGGUUCCAGAAGAUCUUGUUUUUUUUUUUUUUUCAGCAGUUUUAAUAAACAUUUUUUGACAUUC